UCAAAAUCUAUAACGGAAGUUGGUAUCAGGGUUAAAAUAUAGGACGGAAAUUAAGACGUUCAAAACAUGAAGAAAAGCAAAAGCAGCUGAUUAUUAUUACAGAACCAACAUGGGUAUUUUUGAGGCUAUUCCAUGGAGUUUUUAUGAGCAAGACACUAUCAGAUUCUGGGUACAUUAUGGUUUGGUGAUAUUAGGACUGUUGUUGGCAGUGAUCACAUUUAUUGUUCAGUGGCUGAGUCCAGCUCCAUAUGGUAAACAUGAGAGAACUGAUGCGAACUGGGGUGUAAUGAUACCACAAAGAAUUGGACAUAUCUUAUCUGAUGCUGUUCCUGGUGUUUUAUUGUUUAUAAUUGUGUUUUUUGUUUAUGGUGAUGCCAGAGGCUAUGCUAACUAUGUCUUCCUGUUACUUUUCUUAGCACAUUAUAUUCAUAGAGGAAUACUACAUCCUAUAGUCAUGAGAUACAGAAAUCCAUAUGUUGCUUUGGGUAUAACUUUAGGAGGUUUCUUCCCAAACUGCUUGUACCAUUUUGUGAAUGCAGAUUUUAUAGGAUCAGCCUUUUACAACAAUAAUUAUUUCUUUGAUCCAAGAUUUAUUAUUGGCAUUGUCUUGUUUGUUGUUGGAUACAUCAUAAAUAAAUGGGCGGACUGGAAGUUACGAUCGUUACGGGAGAGGAAAGGUGAUGAUGGAAGUACUGGAUAUUAUAUACCAUAUGGAGGAUUGUUUGAACUGGUAUCCUGCCCUAAUUAUUUUGGUGAAUUUGUAGAGUGGGUUGGCUGGUCUAUAGCAACUUGGUCAGCAGCGGGAUUUGUAUGGACAGUAUUUGCUUCAGCAACUUUCUUCCCUAGAGCUAGACAUAAUCAUCAAUGGUACAAAGAACAAUUUGAACAUUAUUCACCAACUAGGAAAGCUCUGAUACCUUAUCUAUGGUGACAUGAUCAAAUCUGUUAUAAGAUAGAGAUAUCACCUUAGGACUGGGAUGAUUCAGACUGAAAGCAUUUAUACAUCUUGGUAUACAAAAGACCAAACUUUUAUUCCUUUUAACAACAUGGUUUCCAUAUUUAAGUGCCAAUCUGUCUAAGAAUCAGGCAGUGGUGAAAACAUGACAAUCAAAAACCCACUCAAGUUGACAUUAAUUUAUGUUCAAAUUGUAUAAUGGUGCACAAAUAUAAAAUUUGUUUUCUUUGCCUGUUCUGGUAAUUCAAGAUAUAAUUUAGCUGAAAUGCAUUAAAAAUUAAAAAUUAUGGGGAGCUAACUCCUUAAUUAUAUUAUCAUUCUAACCAAAAGUUAUCUAGAGAUUUCUCGAAUUACCAGACACGCAAAAACAAAAGACCAACCAGUUCUAACUCAGGAUGAGGGUAACUUCAAAAUAGGAUGGUAAGGUCAGUGGUUUUGUUUUACCAUGUUUUGAUUUUUUUCUAAAUUGCCUGAUUCUUACAAAGACUGGCACUUAAGUGCAGUUAUUGAACAUCAUUGUGGUUAAUAUUGGCUACAAUCUGUGAAACCACUAUUGUUGUUCAAGCAAUAAUCAGGUCAGCCAACUUUGGCUGAAGUCCAUAUUGAACAAUUAAAAUCAGUGUUGAUCAUGUUUAUAUGUAAUUGAUUAUAAUAUCUGUUUUUAUGCGUCUUGGCUAGGCUACACAAAAAUGUAUUGAUAUAAAACAUUGACCUUGAACUCUACCUCAUGCCAGUUUAUGCUGUAGAGUAAAUCAAUCUGUGAUAUUAAAUAUCAAAGCACAAAAUCAGGAAUUAGAAAUUUAGUUUUGUAUAAUUUGUAAAAAAUAAUAUAGGUUAUUAUCUUACCUCCUAUACAUUUCUAGGAAUAUGAUUGUUUAAAAGCGUCCGUGUGGAGACCGUGUAUAUUCCAUAUUAGGUUAGUAGGGAGGCGGGGCUUAUUUCAUACACGGUUAGUAGUGGUGUUACGUCCCUUUAUAAAAACAAAACGGUACUGAGAAAAAAUAAAGGUUUCAACAGACGAAGAAAUUGAUGAUGAAGAUUGAAAUAAAUUCAUAAAACACAUUUAAACCUAACAAGUUGUUAUUGUUGGCAUCUGCUUUUGUAGGAUCAAUGGAAGUAGUUUCUUAAUGCUAACGGUAUUGA